CCGGGGUACGCGAUUCGUGAAAAUCAAUCGAAAUUACAACUAUUUGAGCUAACUUCCUACGUCAUAAAUAUAGCCGAUGGCCGUGUUAACAUUAAUCUCGAGUCUAAGGUUGCAAAAGCAAUCGCUGAAAGCAUCAACUAUCAACAAGAGCUCCGCAAGUCCUCAGUCGAUUACAGCCGAAGACGCCAACAGACAUCAUCAUUUGAUUUGAAGCUCAACAUAGUCAUUCAAAUCGUUGGUAGUCGCGGAGAUGUACAGCCAUUCGUCGCCUUGGGAAAUGCUCUCCAACAACACGGUCACCGAGUCCGUAUCGCGACUCACGGGGUCUUCGCCGAUUUCAUCCACAGCUCAGGCCUGGAAUUCUUUCCUAUCGGCGGUAAUCCGGCUGAUCUGAUGGCGUAUAUGGUUAAGAACCCGGGUCUGCUUCCUCAGAUGCAAACUUUACGCGAAGGGGAAAUUUGCAAGAAGAAGGCUAUGAUCGGGGAGAUGCUGGAUGGGUGUUGGAGAUCAUGUAUUGAGCAUGAUCCGUAUACUCAGCAGCCUUUUGUUGCCGAUGCUAUUAUCGCGAACCCGCCUAGCUUUGCUCACGUACAUUGUGCGCAGGCGUUGGGUAUCCCAGUUCAUUUGAUGUUUACUAUGCCCUGGAGCAGCACGAGGUCGUUUCCCCACCCGCUGUCGAGUCUGACUGCAGACCCAGAGAAUAAGGGCAUUGAUUGUUGGGUCUCUUAUGGUGUCGUUGAAUGGCUUACAUGGCAAGGAUUGGGCGAUGUUGUGAACAAAUGGAGGGCGACCUUGGAUCUUGAGCCUGUCCCAACAACAGAGGGCCCAAGCUUACAUGAAACAUUAAAAGUUCCAUUUACUUAUUGCUGGUCGCCUGCUCUGGUACCAAAGCCAAGAGACUGGCCCGCGCACAUUGAUGUCUGCGGAUUCUUUUUCAGAGAUCAACCACAAUACGACCCUUCACCUGAAUUACAGGAAUUUUUAUUAUUAGGAACGCCUCCGAUCUAUGUCGGCUUCGGAAGUAUCGUCGUGGACGACCCUCAAAAACUUAUAAACACUGUUAUUGAUGCGGUGAGAGCAAGUGGCGCACGCGCUGUCAUCUCAAAAGGUUGGAGUAAUAUGGAUGGCGCACAAGAUGAAAAUAUCUUCUAUAUUGGUGAUUGUCCACACGAAUGGCUUUUCCAGCAUGUGGCUGCUGUGGUCCAUCAUGGAGGAGCAGGAACAACAGCAUGCGGUCUCAUCAAUGGGAGACCAACAGCCAUCGUCCCUUUUUUUGGAGACCAGCCUUUCUGGGGUGACAUGGUCGCCAAUGCCGGUGCAGGACCCAGGCCCAUUCCACAUGCAUCUUUAAGUACCGAAAACCUCGCUGCAGCUAUUAAGUUCUGUCUUACGCCCGAGGCCGCCAGUGCCGCGCAGGGAAUUGCCGUGAAGAUGCAGGCUGAAUCGGGCGUGGCCGAGGCCGUGAAAUCGUUCCAUCGCAAUCUACCCUUGGAUCGAAUGCGCUGUGAAAUUUUAGGCGAUCAAGUUGCCAUUUGGAAUUAUAAAAAGGGGAAACAAUCUUUAAAAUUAUCUAAGGCCGUUGUGCAAACCUUGAUAGAGAAUUCCAGGAUCAAAACAGAAAAUCUUCAAUGGUAUGCAUACUCCGCUCAUUUAUUCCCAUGCAAUAGUAUUUUUGAAUGCCGGUCGCUAAGAACCUACAGUCAUGAUAUAAAUCCAAUCAUUAUUGAGAACCACCGCUGGGACCCGUUGACAGGCGUCAUAUCAGCCGGUAUCUCCACCGGAACAAGAAUGUUAACAACAAGCACCGGCAUGUUGAUAGCACCCUACAAAGAACUUACACGCACGAAAUCCUCACCAUCAUCCGAACCGUCUCGUCCCAAAACAGGGAGAUCAACAUCAACACCCGACUCAUCUGAUGACCUGCCUUCAAUAGGUUCCAGGUCUGCAACAAUCCAACCUGAUGGUGACCGACCCACAAGUCCACGAAGCCCACUAUCAACAGCCGGCGAUAUGGCCGGCGCAUCAUUGAACAGUUUCGGCAAAUUCACAACAGGGUAUUUCAAAGGCGUUUUAGUCGAUAUUCCCACUGCUGCAGCAGACGGAUUUCGGCAUGCAUCACAAUUAUAUGGCGAUAAGCCGAAGGAAUACGGCACCGUUUCGGAUUGGAGGUCAGGCGCAAAGGUAGGCAGCAAGAACUUUGUCGGGGGGAUGAAAGAAGGAAUUACAGGCCUUGUGAAACAUCCCUGGAAAGGGUUCCAGGAAGAUGGUCGAGAGGGUGCCUGGAGAGGAUUAGCAAAGGGUGCUAUUGGGUUGGCUACUAAAGCGCCUUCUGCCGGAAUUGGGUUAUGGGCCUAUCCAUCACAGGGGAUUGUGAAGAGCAUUGAAGCGAAGUUCCGGACCAAGACUCGUAAGGUGAUUGUAGUUUCGCGACUUAUGGAUGGAUAUGCGCAGACUAUUGAUAUGGAAAUGUCAGAUGAUAUGAAAGCGGCCAUUGUAUUGGAAUUUGACCAACUUAUGGGUGUGGAUUGA